UGCGGCCGAAUUUUGGUCUGUCGUUUUCUGUGUACACAUACGUAUUAAAUAUAUUAUAAUAUAUUACGUACUAUACAUAUUAAUAAUUUGUUGACAUCACGUCGACACAGUUUUUUUUUUUUUUGUUUUUCUCUUGACGUUAUUUUUUUCGGCUGCCUACGUCUCGACGGUCCUCUUGUAGAUGAACACGAGCCACAGAGUUCGUUCGACCAUCUAACGAGUCAAAACGCGCGCGAGUUUUAGAAUACAUAACAGGCCGUGUUCGUCCAUCUCCGCGAUACGCAGAGGUUCGCAUAGCUGUAGUAGAUGGCCAGCAUCACGAUUGUAGUACAACUAUUUGAAAAAAUGUUAACGUAAUUUAAUUCAUUGUUCGCUGAUAAGUUAUGAUGUUUCUUACGUACGCUAAAUUAUUAUGAAGACGCGCACACAAGAUAUUCCGAGAGGUUUGCAUCGCACCAACAAUCGCGUAUAAUAAGUCAAAAGUCGGUCGGCCGCAGAGCGAUGUCAUCAAAUUAAUCAUAUUGAAAAAUAUGGAUUAAAAUCUACGUUUUUUAAAUUAUUAUAUUUUUAUAAUAUUCUUGAGGACUAGAAUUCAAUUUUUUAGAUUACUUACUUCGAUGUACCAUUAAAAUGUUAUCUAAAACAUCAAUUUAUCUGAAUUUUGAUUUCUAUAAAUUCAAACAAGCCAAAUCAAAUUUUGUUUCAACAUCUAAAAAUUAAAAUUACAUUCAUCACCCCGUUCAGACUCUAAUACUCAUACUGUCAUUUGAAAAAGUACCUUAUUAUAUCUAUCAACUUAAAGUGGACAUUUUUUUAAGCGAGGCCAUUUGUUCGGGUAUUCCUAUUGAAACACAAUCUUUGUCAACGACAUCACAUUAUUACAAUGAAGUAUCGCCAGUCCGAGAGACGUCUGAAUAUGUAUUAUGUAGCUCCGCAGUCGCGCCCGAUUUACGCGCGACAAUGACGUGAGUGCACUUGCCUCUACGCGUAUUUUCGUGCGGACGUUCGUCUACAUCUUAGGCACGCACUAAGACAAUAAUGAUACAAUAAAAUAUGUGUACGUGCCGACGUAUAAUAAUAUUAUAAUCGCUAGAUCACAGAUCACCGACAAUGCAGUACAUAUAGAGGAAGAUGAUGGAGUAAAAAAUUGUGACGGAGAAGCGAUCGAUGAUCAAAAAAACUCUCAAAUAUUAAAACAGACCUUUAUACAAUUCGAUGAGUACGUAAUGAUUCGUGCGUUUCAACACAGUACUCGGUGAUGAGGCGUGUGGUACGGAGUUGUAUAGCAAAGUGUUUGUCAACACAAUGGUGGAUACCAAUCGAGAUAACAAAAACAUCAUGACAAGCAAAGGCAUACUGAAACGGCGCAUUUUUGUCCGAAACGAUAUGCCGGCCCAGGCCACAUCUGCCAAACUACUUCAAGACAGCGGCGGGUGCUGUAUGGCGAACGCGUGCAAACGAUACGUAACGUUUGACGAAACGAUCACGAUUAAGAACGACAAUGAUCUAGUGGUUAGGAAGCCGCUGAAGUUAGAACUUUUCAUCGACAACUGGAAGUCGAACGGUACGGAAGCGCAUACCGAAACGAUUCAGCCCGAUCCUGGGAUUGUCAAACGUCUUGUCGACGAGUUCAACACGAUUGAAGAACCGUUAACCGAUAGUUCCAAAAUCGAAUCUACAUCGAUUAAGGAAGAUAAAUUUAAGGAAGACGAGCCAGUGAAAAGCUGUACAAAUAUCCCGCUCUGCGAAGCCUUGAAAACUGUCAAUUUAACCACAGACGACCAGUAAACGGAAAAUGCUAUUUUCUAUCAAACGCAUAUUUUUGAAUUGUUAGCAUGGACAAAAUAAACGUCUAAAAAAGUGCAUUUAUCAACGUCUUUAAUCUUUAUAUAAUGUAAUGAGUUGAACAGGAAUAUAAUAACGUCUCUUACAGGUUUCUUGCUUCGAUCGGUAUCUCUAAACAUUAAAUAGUCACUGAAUGUAAUAUUUCAUUUAGUCAUCACAUUGUUAUAGGUGUAUUAUGUAUGCAUGAAUAUAUUUUUUUGUUUUUUUAGAAAGCGUCGUCACCAAAGUUAAUUAACGGUAAAUCGUCGUUACGCGGUCGAUCCCAAAGAUCUGGCAAAGUAAACGAUCUUAUUAAUAUGUUCAAUUUGAAAUCGACCAACGACAAAACGAAAGAGUUUGAA